AUGGCUGAAAUGGCUCAGCUGCUGAAGGGGGCAAAGGAUAAAGGAAAGGCCUAUAUGACUAUCACAGAAGAAGAUAAUGAGGAUCAUCCUCCGGGUUUUACCCUACCCCAUGUGCAAACUCAACCUGAGGCAUAUCCCCGAAGGCCGUCCGUCACAAUAAGGCCUCAACAUGGGCAAGUCGAUCCUGGAACACCCAUGAACUUUCAAACUGGCUCGGGAUCCAACCCAGGAGAUAACCCUACCAAUCCAGUCAUCCCUGAUUUAGAUGUAGCUGAGAGGGAAGAGAUGAGACUCGAAUCAUCAAGGCAAUUAGAUGAACGUUGUAGAUGGUUAGAGGAGAAAUUUAAGGCAUUGGAAAAUGCUGAUAAUCGUCAGGGAAUUGAUGCCAAGGACCUGAGUUUGGUCCCAGAUUUGGUGCUUCCUCAUAAGUUCAAGAUGCCGGAAUUUGAGAAGUACAAUGGGACUACUUGCCCUGAGGCCCAUAUCACCAUGUUCUGUAGGCGGAUGACCGGCUAUGCCCCAUUCAUUACUCAUAUGUUUGGAAGUACCACUAAGAGCUUUGCUGAUAUAGUUAUGGCAGGGGAAAUGAUUGAGAACGCCAUAAGGGGUGGUAAGAUAGAGGGGGAAACUGCUAAAAGAUCGGCCCCAAGAAGGAAAGCUAAUGAGGGAUCUGGUACGAGACAAAACUCUGAAAAGGUCCCAUUCAUGCCUAUCCCAGUGACGUACCAGGAGCUUUAUCAAAGUUUAUUUGAUGCGCAAGCAAUAGCUCCUUUUCAUUUGAAACCACUGCAACCUCCAUAUCCCAAAUGGUACGAUGCAAACGCCAAAUGUGAAUAUCAUGCAGGGAUAUUGGGGCAUUCGAUCGAAAAUUGCACCGGCUUUAAAAAAGUAGUGGAAAGACUUAUCAAGAUGGGGGUCGUAAAAUUUAACAACACUCCUAGUACAGAGAACUCGUUGCCGAAAAAUGGUGAUCAGGGGGUAAACGCAAUUGGGGAAGCUAGUAUGAGAAGGAUUAAAGAGGACAUGGCCGAGGUAAGAAUGCCGAUGAAAGUAAUUUGGGAAGAAAUGAUGAAAAAAAAGAUGAUAAUCUCUGAAAAAGGAAAUAAAGGAGCGAGGGACUACUGCGAGUUCUAUGCAGAAGAGGGAUACAAGAUCCAGGAAUGUGAUGAGUUUAAGGCUUUGGUACAAAGCCUUAUGGAUAAUAAGGAGCUGGAAUUUUAUGAAGCUGGCUCAGAUGAGGGACAUGUAUGCGCAAUGGAAGGUGAACCAAAGAAUCAAAGAAUCAACCGGCCAAGGAUCAUUAUUUUUCUACCAAGGAAUAAUGAAGUUGAGACACAAACAGCGUCGAAAGUCAUUAUUCACAAACCCUCUUCCUUUCCUUAUAAGGAUAACAAGAGGGUACCCUGGAAUUAUGACUACAAUGUGACAAUGCCGGAGAGAGAAUAUAUAGUUAGUACUUCUAAGGAGGCUCAAGUUGAAUAUUCCUACACACGUAGUGGGAAGUGUUAUGAUGCGGGAGGCAUCAGAGUUGAGCCUAUGAAAGUGAAAGCCUUUGAUAUUGAGAAGAAGAAUGGUCGUAUAUCAGUGUUGGCUUUGCUUCUGAGUUCAGAGGUACAUCGUGAGACAUUAAUGAAGGUGCUCAACGAGACUUACAUUACUAAUGAUAUAUCCGUCAACAAGUUGGAUCGAUUGGUUUGUAACAUAAGCACAAACAACUUCAUUUAUUUCAAUGAUGAUGAAAUCCCACCUGGUGGCAUGGGAUCAGCUAAAGCUUUGUACAUCACCACUCGCUACAAAGGAUAUACAUUGCCGAGUGUGCUUAUUGAUAAUGGGUCAGCCUUAAAUGUCCGGCCAUUGUCCACAUUGAACAGAUUGCCUGUAGACAGUUCUCACAUGAAAACAUGCCAUAAUGUAGUGAGAAAAUUCAAUGGCACGGAGAGAAAGGUCAUGGGAAGAAUUAAUAUCCCUUUGAUGAUCGGGCCAAACACGUAUGAGGUAGACUUUCUAGUGAUGGACAUCAAGCCUUCUUAUAAUUGCUUGUUGGGAAGGCAUUGGAUACAUUCGGCAGGAGCGGUGCCCUCAUCUUUGUACCAAAAAUUGAAGCUAGUAAUAGACGGACGGCUGGUCACCAUAAAUGUAGAGAAAGACAUCAUAGCAGCAGUUACCAGUGACGCGCCCUAUGUAGAGGUGAACGAGGAGGCCGUUGAGUAUGACAGUGAGGAAAGGAGCCUUGCCAGGAAAAGGAUUGAGAAGAUAUCUCCAAGGAGGGAUUCAAGUUCCAGAACUAAAGGAAAAGAGAGACCAUUUUGGCUUGGGUUUCAGAACAGAUCACAGGCAGAGGAGGAAGAAAAUAAAGAAGUGUCAAGAAAGAAGAAUGGCACAUUUAAGUGGAAGAGAAGUAGAGUGGGAAUCGAUGACGUUCCCUCAUAUAUCCCAGAACUUUAUAUCAAGAGGGAUAAUUCACCCUAA